UGGCGGCAACUCGUUCAGGCCUCUUCCGCUCGCCAGUCUCAGGCGGAGUAGAGAGCGCAACGAGCGCCCACGGGCUGCCGGCCCCCGCAGUGGCAGUGCGCAACCUGGUGGAGCAGGCGCAGUACGCGCAGCUCUGCUCCAUCAUGUCUCGCUCGCACCACCGCCGCAAGGGGUACCCCUUUGGGUCGCUCGUUGAUUUCACCACCGACGCUGAUGGCCACCCUGUCUUCCUGCUCUCCCCCCUGGGCAUGCAUUCGCGCAACCUCCAGUCGGACCCGCGCUGCACCGUGGUCGUGCAGAUCCCGGGCUGGAGCGGCCUUGCCAACGCGCGUGCCACCAUCUUUGGGGAUCUCUACCCCCUGCCGCCCAGCCAGCAGGAGUGGGCGCGGGGCUUCUAUGUGAAGCGCCACCAGCACGGGGCUGCGCAGCAGUGGGGCAACUUCCACUUCUAUCGCAUGGAUACCAUAUGUGACAUCUAUUUUGUGGGGGGCUUUGGCACGGUGGCGUGGAUUGACGUGGCUGAGUAUGUGGCUGCCACGCCUGAUACAGUGGCCACCAACCACGUUGAGCACACGCUGCAGGAGCUCAACGACCGGCUGGGCGGGGAGUUGAGGGCGGUGCUGGCGGGGUCGAGUCCCCAGCAGGCCAUUGACGAUGCUUCUUUCAUCAGCAUUGACAGCAAGGGGGUUGACAUCCGCGUGCGGCACGGCACCCAGGCCAUCGAUGAUGCUUCGUUCAUCAGCAUCGACAGCAAGGGGGUGGAUAUCCGCGUGCGACACGGCACUCAGGCUACUCAAGGGUCGAGUCCCCAGCAGGCCAUUGAUGAUGCGUCGUUCAUCAGCAUCGACAGCAAGGGGGUUGACAUUCGCGUGCGGCACGGCACCCAGCGGGCCAUGGAUGAUGCGUCGUUCAUCAGCAUCGACAGCAAGGCGGUUGACAUCCGCGUGCGGCACGGCACCCAGGUGAGUAGAGGGGUGCACAUGUUCAUAGAGGGGCUGUGCGGGUAG